AUGGAAGGCACGCCGUGUGUCCCCCCGACUCUGGAGGGGACAAACGGCAACCUCUCCGCUUUCAAAACGCCCUUGACAUCACCGCUUCGCCAAGGGCUUUUCCUUCGCCUGCUCACCGCCCACGCCGCCACAGCCGCGCACACGCCGACAGCGCGCACGUGUUCAUCGGGUGUAUCGCCCCCGAAUGCUGGUUUGCUGACCACCCCCACGCCGCUGAAUCGGGCGCACAGAUGGAGAGGCGGCAGCGCAACCCCAGGCUGGGAGAGCCUGGCGGAGAUUACGGGCUUCCCUACGCCAGUGAAACUGUCGCCCAUACCCACGAAAGGGUACUCGGCGUACCCCCUGCUUACGGCCACCGGUGUCGCUGCGGCAGGAGCGGCCACCCUGACCUCCACGCCUCGUGCGUCCGACUCGCCGUCCCCUGUAGUAUCUGCACUGCAGGGCGAUGCUCACGAAUGGGGGUAUGAUAAACUGGACGCGGCGACGCCGACUGCAGUGGUGAACGCCUUUGAGGUUGCAGAGAACGCUCGCGCAUCGGGGAGCCAGACGACCGGGGUAUCUUUUUCUGAAGGUGGCGGUGAGCCGCCGCUCUCCGAUGGCAACAUUGCGGACUACCUGAGCGGUGCCCACAGCAUCAGCACCAUCGACUCCGAGUGCUCUGUGUCACCGAUUCGCGUGCGGGCCCGCCAGGCAACGCGCGUGUGGACGCCGCACCCGAGCGAGGUGUCGCAGCAGCAGCAUUCAACGCCGCCGCCGUCUUCCGCCGAGGGCCACUCUUCACGCUUUCUCGGCGACUUUCCUUCGAGCACUGCUGUGCAGCAGCAGCAGCCACCGCAGCGACAGCAACCGAACGUCUUGCGCACCUCCCCUAUCUUCGGCGCUGUCCAUAUCUUUCCACGUGAUCACUCCUUCUCCGCUCACACAAGCCCAUCUCGCACCGCGCUGCGUUCCGAACGGGUUGCUGAAGAGGCGUCCGAGGACUUGACAGCGAUGUCGUUGAUGUCCGUGGAGGUGCAGGCUCAACCAUCGCACCAGCAGCCCCAGAAGCUACUCCAACCCGAUGCCGCGACGGGUGACCUUGGGCUGUUGCACAGGUCUACGGAUCGCUCUGCAGGUGGGUGGGUCACCCCGCGUUAUGUCGCCGACACGUUGAACCUCGGUACGCCGACAGUGUCCAUGAUUCAGUCACCAGCACAGGCGCUUGGCGAGAGCUGCUGCUCUCUUUUCAUGCCUCCAGCAACGCAGUACUUCCACGUUCUGCCCAUUCCUGGACUUCGGCGGAACCCGGCCGUCGCACAUGACGCGCAGCACGCAGGCCUCCCUGUGGAAGGUGUGGGUGGCGAGAGCGGGUGCAGCGCGCUCGCCAAUGAAGCACGUCAGAACCGCGGACGGCAGACGCAGCACCCUGCGUUGAUGUCACCCGCGCUCAGCGACGGUGAGGAGGCAAACGGCACACCGUCUCCCACAGUAGCGUCAUCUUCGGUCAAGCCACCGCUUCCGCGUGUGCAGGCGUCGCCGCUGGUGUCAUUGAAUGCCAGCCAGUCGUUGGAGGCGGAGCAGCCGCUGCUCUCAAAGCCAGGAAAGGUCCAGUGCGACGCAAGCACACGGUGGGGCGCGUCGUUCACUACGUGCUUGCGGUCUCGCACAGUCCAGCAGGAGUCAGGCCGGCUUGAUUGCAGCGUCCGGCCAGCGCCGCCGUGUCCCUCGUCGCUCGCGAGCCAGCUGCAGGGGCCGUCGUCCUCAAAGGGGCCCGCCACAUCACCGCAUGCAUACCAGCAACUGCACCUCGGACUGUCGUCCACCAAAGACGCGUCGCGCAGCGUGGAUGUGUCGUACGUGCGCUACCGCCCCACUCUCACAGCCACUUCCAACUCCGCCACCUACUUUAUUGACUCAUGGCUCUGA